ACAGGUAAAUUGUAAAUAUGGCGUCCAGUAGCACAGUAAACAAUUACAAUUUCCACAAAUCAACUUCAGAGUGAAUAUGUUAUAACAGAUGAUGAUGUAUACAGCUGGGACAGUGAUAUGGCUGUUUUCUGUAAUAUUAGGAAGUGUUCAUACACAGUUUACCAUAACUAUGGACAGUGAUGUCUAUUGUGGGAAAGGAAUUGAUAUUUAUGAUAGGGAAUAUGUUAUAAAUGCUAGAGCAGAUGUGACAACAUCCAACCCCAAUUACCGUUGUGUUAUUACGAUUCGUUCUGGUUACACAGAUUCAUAUUACCAAAUACAGAUCACUCAGCAGAUGGUUGAUAUCAAGGAUUGUGGAGUUAAACUGAAUAUUUACGAGGGAUCUUCACCAGGAGGAACUGCUGUGAAAAGAUUAUCCUGUUCAACCAAGAGUACAGGCAUUUUAUAUUCCAAGUAUGGAACCGUUACAUUUGAAUUAAUAACUCCAGCACAGCUGUACAACCCAAGGAAUGACUUCAGUAUAAAAGUGAAAGCAUUUCGUGAUCCUAAUGCUCCCGAUGUUGCUGAGGGAGCGACAAAACUACCUGCAGGUGCAAUAGUAGGUAUAGUCAUUGGAAUAGUGAUAUUUACAGCAUUUUCCAUCAUGUUAAUUUGGUGUUAUAGGGAGCGUAGACUUCCCGGAAUGCAGCAAUAUAGGAAACAGGCAAGGCCUGUCCAUGGAGCACCUCACAGUCAUGGCGGAUUCACCAAUUCUGAUUUCAACUAUUCCAAAGAACCUUCAUUAGCCUCAGAUGCUCCAAGCAAGAAAUUUUAUUUGGAGGAUCAAGGUGUCUUUCCAAGUAUAGAUAGUUUGGCAAACAAUUCUUUGAAUGGAAGUGCAGCAGGACUGCCUGUUAAAAAGGCACAAAUAUCCAAUUGGAAUAUACAGACAGGUCAGAAUAAUAAUCCAAAUUUUAGGAAUGUUUCUAGUGAUAGAAAUAGAUAUCAGUCUGAGUCUGAUGGAAGGGGGAGAUAUCAAAAAGCUGAUCAUCAGGGAAGAGGAAGAACCCAGUCACAGGGUGAUUCUCCUAGCAGACGAAGAAGAAAUGAUGAGGAGUUUCGACAAAAUAAUAUACCUCCAGCUCCUCCUAUACAAAUUGCAGGAAGAUUACCUGGAAGUGGCAAUAGACAAAAUGAUGAUAAUGAAAUGUCAGGAGUGAAAAGACGUAGACAGAAAAUUAAUCAAGGAGAUGAAGAAACUGAUGCAAAGCGACCAAACUCUGGGAUUUUUGAGAAUCCAGAUAAAGAAGGAUAUAUGUAUGACUAUGAUCAAGUGAAAAAAUUAUCAGCCGAUGAUCUGGACAAUGAGGGAAAUAAAAUGCUUCAUGAACUUAAAAAGGAAUUAGAGAGGAGACAAAGCAUGAAGGAAGGCAAAGGAGACAAUGGAGAAAAACAAAAAAAUGAAACUAAAUCUGAUGAUGCCCCAGGGGCACCUGUAUCAAAAAAGGAAACAAAAGUGACAAACAACAAACCUGGUCUUCCUGAAACUGGGAAGAUGGAUGGAAAAUAUAAAGCAAUCGACCAACAGAGUGAAAUUGGUGAUCCUGACACUAUAAGUAAUCCUCUAAUGGGCAGUAAUCCUGCAAUUAGGGCUUCUGUAAGUGAACUUAGAGGAUCAACGUCACCAGGAUCAAGAAAAAAGAAAAGACGAAAAUCUCAUAAAAAAUAUGUUAAGGCAGAUCCACUUACAGGGGGUGAUCCAAAUAAAAGUGUUGAUGAAAGUUCAACAGAUAGACCACUGGAUGAGUCAUUUGACAGGGACUCGAUAUACAAUGACUCAUUCAGACUACCUAAAAUAGGCCUGACAAUCAAUACUCCCCUACCACCAGAAGCUCUGGCACCUGUGUUUGCCACUGACGAAUCUGUCAUGCAACAUUAUUACCCACAAAACCAGUAUGACAUUCAAAACCAAGUAUAUCCUGUAAUGGGAUAUGAUGCAUUUGGCAAUCCUGUUUACGGUAAUCCUGUACCCCUCUCAGUGGCAUAUACACAACCAGGCUAUUAUGUUGAUCAAAAUGGAUAUCCUGUCAAUAUGCAACCACAGCAACAGCCAAUGCAGUAUACUCCAACAGAUUUUCAUCCAGGAAUGCCUGGAUACACUUCUACACCAGGCAAUUAUGAUCAGACACCACACAGUAAAAAAAGUCCACAUCAUGCAUUAGUUGCUUCACCAGGAGCACCAAGUCCAAUCUUACCUCCUGGUAAUAUCCUUGAUGACCCCAAAAUACCCCCUCCUGGAACAACAUUAAUGAAUUCAGGUGUAGAUCCACGUACUGGUGUUAAGACAUCUCAAGUAGUGUGGACAGAUUCCAAUCCUGAUCCAACAGAUCCAAGGGGAGAUAAUCCACAGAUUACCAGACAAACUAUUGUACGUGUUACAGCUAGAGAUACAGAGGAUGGUCAAUUACCUCAGUCAGGUAAUGCAGGAUUACAGCAAAUGACAUUUUCAGCAGCAAAACAGUUGAAACAUUCAGGUAAUACAGAUCCAGCCUUUUUAUCACCAUCCAAAGGAAAAUUAGGGAGUGAAGCCUAUACACCAAAACCUAUGUAUGCUUCUCAGACACCAGAGAGAGACAAUGCAGCCUUUUAUACCCGUGUGGCACCCCCAGAACAAAACCAAAUACCUAGCGCUCCUAAACCAGUUGUACAUAAUCAAGCUCGUAAUUAUUCAGUAAGGGACACGAUAACACUUCAACCUGAAGAGAGUGAGUUUUAAUUCAGAAGAAAUUUAAGUUAUUUGCUAGGACCUGUCUCUCCAAUUUUUAAGCUUUAUAUUAGUCAUGUUAAUGGUAAACAUCUGUGAUUAUAUUACAUUUAUAAGGGAAUAUAUUUAUAUUUUCCUCUGGGUUUCUUUAUUAAUUUUUUUAGCAUUUAAGGUCAAGUAACAGUAAAUGACCAGUGGUACAGAUUAUUGUAAGACUUUGCGUAAAAUUUUUGCAAAUCUAACUAAAAAUUGAAAAAAAAAAUAAUUCAUUUGAUUGUUAUAUUUCAUGAAAUAUAAUUGAAUGAAAAUCCUAAAAAUAGGUGCAUAUUUGUAUAAAAUGCAUGUAAAAUUGUUGGAAAACUUUCGCUCGAAUAUUUGAGAUUUUGAAUAUGGGAAUUUCUUUGUAAAUUUGUAGUUCUUCCUAUUGUCAUAUUUUAAAAGUGCAUAUUUAAUUUUGGUGUUACAACAAUUUAACUUUAAACAAACUUAAUGUAAGUAAGUUUUUAUGAAUUCAUAGGACAAUAUUCCAGUCAUGCCUAAAAUACAGAAUUAUCUCCCUUAUUUACAAUUAGUUGAUUUUUUAACAAACAGGUUGUAAGCUAUGAAAACUGAUAAUGUUCUUCAUUGUUUUUUAUCAAUUUUAAAACUGCAGGAUGUUUUAAAGAAGUCUUUUACAUAUCAAAGCAUUUUAAAAAAGAUUUUCUGAAUAAUGGUUUUGUGAUUAUAUUUUGUCUUACAUUCCUUUAUAAAUCAGGUAUUUUGUCUGUGAUUUUAAACCUUAUUAGUCAUAAUUAAAAUACAAUUGUAUUUUAUAUUGUAACACAUCAUCAAGCUGUUUAUAAGUUUUACAUUAUAUGGAAACAUUAUGUAUAUAUAUUUCGUUAGUUUCUAAGUUUUUAUACGCCCGUUUACGGGACGUAUUAUGGUAUACCGUUGUCCGUCUGUCCGUCCGUCUGUCUGUCCGUCCGUCUGUCCGUCCGUCUGUCCGUCGUCAACAUGUCGGACAUUAACUCAAAAAUGCUUUAACCAAUUUGCAUAAAACUUUGGUGAAUUGUUUAUAUCUAUUGACGUGAGCUCCCUUUCGUUUUUUAUAAAAUUUAGAUUUUACGUUUCCGAGUUAUGGGGUUUUAUUCAUUAAAAAAAGGGGGAUUUUCCAGUUUUUGGACAAUAAUUCAAGAAUGCUUUCACCAACUUGCAAGAAAUUGUGGUGAAUUGUUUAUAUCUAUUGACAUGAGCUCCCUUUCAAUUUCUAUAAAUUUUAGAUUUUACGUUCCGAGUUACAGGGUUUUAUUUAUGAAAAAAGGGGGGAUUUUCCAGUUUUUGGACAAAAACUCAAAAAUGCUUUCAGCAAUUCUUAUGAAACUUUGGUGAAUUGUUUGUAUGUAUUGAUGUAAGCUCCCUUUAGAAUUUUAUAAAUUUUACAUUUUUCAUUUCUGAGUUAUGGGGUUUUAUUCGUUAAAAAAGGGGUGAUUUUCCAGUUUUCUGACAAUAACUCAAAAAUGCUGCCACCAAUUCUCAUGAAACUUUGGUGAAUUGUUUAUAUCUAUUGAUGUAAGCUCCCUUUUUAUUUUCAUAAAUUUCUAAUAUGACAUUGAAAAUUAAUUGAACUUUAUUUGUUUAUAGUCUGACAACAGAUUUACUAAGUAUUGCACAACAGCAAGAAAUCUUUAAUUGAAUAUAAAUUCAAUUCAUAUAACCAAUUUCAAGAUCUUUGACUACAUUUAUUCAGAAACCUAUAAUAUGUCAAAUAUUUAAUUACAAUCCAAAUUCGGACCUGAAUCAAGCUUGAAUAUUGUGUCCAUUUUUGCCCCAUCUGUUCAGGGUUGGACCUCUGCGGGCGUAUCUAGCUGCGCUCAGCGAAGCAGUUUAUUAAAAUCUUAUGAGGAAAUGUAACUGUGAAAUGAUUGCCUGUUUAAUUUUACAUUGAUAUGCUUGUUGAUGGUAGUCUAAUUACUAUUGAUAUGCUUGUUGAUGGUAGUCUAAUUACUAUUGAUAUGCUUGUUGAUGGUAGUCUAAUUACUAUUGAUAUGCUUGUUGAUGGUAGUCUUAUUACUAUUGAUAUGCUUGUUGAUGGUAGUCUAAUUACUAUUGAUAUGCUUGCCAAUAUAUAUCACACAGAUUCAUGUAACUAUGUUUAAUGUAUUAUUUACAAUACUAUUGACAAAACAUCUAUAAAAGGGUGGCAAAAGGGUAUCCCUCACAAUUUUCAGUACAAUUUUUGUUGAAAUAACAAUAAACAUUAUCUCCAUUUGACACUAAAAGUAGCUGAAAAAUAUGAUAUGAUGACAGUUAAUUUUGAGACUCGUUUACAGAUAACAUUAUGGAAAAGGGGGAUACUUGGCAAUUCUCCAUACCCUCAUAUAAAUUAAUGGAAAAAAAUUUAGCUAAAAGUGAAAGUUUAACAAAAUAAUAAACUGAUAAUACACUAUAAUAAUAUAAGAAUUUGCUGACAGACUAGGUCAAUUUAGAAAUUAUUGCGAUUUUUGAAGAAUGAAGAAAAAAUGCAAGAUUAAUUAUUGCGAUUUCAGAAAAAAGCUGCAUACAGAUAUAUUUAUCAGAUAUCAGAAUGCGAGUUCUUAUUAUUGCGACAAUCAUCUAGUCACAUUAUUCGCAUUAAUAAAAACCUUGCAAUAAUUUCUGAAUUUACAGUAUUCUUUGAUUAUCCCUUUCCAUCAAGCUUUAUGAUCCAUUAGGUAUGACCACUCAGUAUUAUUACAUAGCUAUUAAUGUUGAACAAUAUCAACCACUAGUUGCUAAUCUGCUACUUAACUUUUCAUGGGAAUUAAAAUAUUGUCAUUAUUAAAUACAUUAUUUCAUAUUCAAGAAGAAUUUUAGAUAGAUUUGUAUAUGUUUAAUUUUAUUUAUUGUUUAUAUAUUUUUUCCAAAUUAAUAAAGUGCUAAAAACUAAUUCCUAUACUGUUAACAUUCUAAACUAGGAAUUAUACACCUGCAAAAAUAAACUACCAUUUGGUAAAGAAUACUUUCUACAGGUCCAAGCUAGUUUCACAUUAACUCAAUUUUGAUUUAACAUAUCAAUGAUAAUUUUACAAUUCUUUAUUUGCAUGCAGACAAGAUACCUUUUAAUUUUUGUUGCUUCUGAGUUAUGGGACUUUAAUUGUUAAAAGAACAAUUACAUGCUUAUUUCUUGAUCAUUCAGAUUUUUUAGACAGAUUGUUAUGAAAAUUUACACAGUUUUGAGGUCAAUGAAUGCAAGCCCCCUCAUAAUUUGAUGAUUUUCUUAAUUAUUGUUCCAGACUUAUAUGACUUUUUAUGUUUUUCAAAUGUUUUUUUGCAGAAUCCAAUUUUCUGUCACGUAAUAAAAUUAUAAUUACAACAAAAGCUACUUCCCUUUCCAGUUGGUUGCUCUUUGGGACACUAACUGUGCAAACAUAAGGUCACUCAUUGGGUAAAGUACUUUUUCUGAAACUGGUGUGUUGAGUCUUGUGUUCAUAUUAAUCAGAAAUGAUAAUUUAAAAUGAAUUGGUGCUAUUUCCUUAUAUGAAUAUGAAAUUUCAGUUUGAUUAUUUGCAUAAAAACUGAAAUUCGUCAUGAUACAUGUAUCAACUAUCUGCUAAGCAGACUCAUUACAUGGAGAAGAUAUGAACGAUAUACUGGUGUCGCUGUGUUAGAUAUGAAUCAUUAAUUUUUCAUUCAGACUUAUUCUGAAUCAACUCAUUGUUUUUUAAUUAACGAUAACUUAUUUUCAGAAAAGAGUUUAAGACAGUUUACUUAAAUCAAAACAGUCUUGUCAAUUCAAAUUUCUGAACAAGUGACAAGUCAAGUUCUAUUCAACAAGAAUAAGCUUUAUUUGCAAGUUUAAAAAAAAUAAUGAUAUUAUUUUUCUAAUCAUUAAGUGUGAAAAAGUUAUAACAAUCAGAUAAUUUUGACAACUCAUUUAUUGAUAAUUAUUACAAUGUAAUAUUUUUACAUAACUCAUACAUGGCUGCUAACAUUUUUUAUUGUAAUAUCUUGCAAUUAUCUCAGAAUUAUAAAUAGGAAACCCAUAAAGAAAAAGUGAAAUUAGAGGAAAACAAAAAUUUAUAAGAAAAAUUGACAACAAUAUACCAGUUCUAUUUUAUCUUUAUCUCAAGUUUUCUGUUUUGUUUUACAUUUGUUAGGUAUUUUGUGAUUUGAACCUGUUAUUAGUAUUAAACAUAGAAUAAAUCAAAAUGUAUAUCAUUAUAUAUAUUUCAUUAAAUGUCAUUCUUGAUGUAUGUGAAAAAAUCAUCACCAGGGUUUAUUUGGUUAUGAUUGUUAUAAUUAUAUGAAGUAUAUUUAUUGUACUAAGUUUUAUUUAGUAACUUGGUGUACAUAUGUGGUUCUAUUUUACACCAUUGAACAAUAGUAUACAUUCAUGAUGUUGUAAGUAUUCCUCCGAAAUAUUUGUUUUGUAGUAAGAUAAACAUAUUCGUUGGCUAUUUUUAUGUCAAAUUUUAUGUCAAUCAUGACACAAAAAAUGUACAUAUUAGAGAGCUUGAUUAAUGCAUAUCAUAUACAUUCCAUUUUUUUUAAUAAGACUUUUUUUUUGGUAUUUAUGUUAUUUUACAUGUGCAAAGUUUAAUCAUUACAUUUUUUGUAAUUUCAAAUCUUAAUAAUUUUGGAGGAAGUUCUACUGAUAAAAUAGCUGUUAUAUUCAACAUUUUUGGACUAAAUAUUAUAAGAAUUUAACCUUUCUUGUAAUCAAGCUUUAUUUUUAAUGGCUAUUGUGAUUUUAUUGUGAUGAAAUAGUUUAGCAAUACAAUUUAAUAUGCUUAUAAUCUAUAGUGCCAUGUUUUCAUUAAGUGCAAAUUUGUAAAUAUAUUUUUUACUUUCAUUUUUU